CCUUGACGUUCGGCAAUUGAAUCUUCUGAUUGAGGAUCUCGAAUUUCGCACCCGCAGUCUGUUCUUGUACUUACACGUGGAGGUUAUGAGCUUGCGUGUUCCCGGUCCAUUUUGUCGAAUGAAUUAGGUUCUUUGUCGCAGAUGCAGAGCAUGCUGACAAUUUGCUACCGAGCAGAAUCAAAAUCUUCUGCUGCUGAUUUGUCACAGUAUUGUGAGGAUCAGGAAUUUUUACCAUUGAUUCCGAUCAGUUGUGACUGCCUUCUUCCAAUUCAGCACAGCUCUGCUGUGCAUCUGGCUAGAGGUCAGAAAAAUUGUAUUGAGAUUGUCUGUGAGCAGCCUACAAAGAAGAGUCCGAGCUUGCACCUAUAAGCUAGAGACUAGAUCCUUUUUUCUUGUCUCCAUAGUGUGAUGUUUCGUCAUCUCUUCAGUAGGUUGUUUGCAGGCAUUACGACAGUGUGGUGCAGCUGCACUGCAAAUUUGAUCCUUCUAAGUCUCAUCUUCUUUUUUGGAAAAAGUCCCCUCAUACAUGUAUUCGUGUCAUUUUCUCUCGUCAGCUUAGGUUGCGAUCGAGCUUCAAAAUCUAAUUCUAUUGUCAACGUUAGAUCACAACCCUUUAGCCUACACUAGCUGGAAGUGGUGUCGUGAUAGUGGCAGCGAUGGAGCCAGCCAUGGACACAACUGGAAGAAGGUCGCUUUUCCCAGACUAUCUCUAUACCUCGAGGGCCGUCUUCCAACCUCAGAAUUCUUGUGUAGCCGCUACAAAUAACACCGGUGUCUUCGCACAACAUUCAAGCAGACCAGGUACAAGUUCACCAUACCUCUUGCCAAAAUUGCUGCCAAUUAGAACCGCAGGGCCACCGUCGCCAGCCUCUCCAACCAUCACUAUCCCAUCCGGUGACGAGAGCAACAGGAUUCAGAUGUAUUCCAUGGAGUAUUUUCUAGCGUGCGGACUAGGUGGCCUGCUCUGUUGUGGAUUGACGCACACGGCCGUCACCCCCAUUGACGUUGUGAAAUGCAACAUGCAAAUUGCACCAAAGAAGUACACUGGUGUCCUCGGAGGAUUCCAGCUGGUAGUCAGGGAGGAGGGCGUGCGCGGGCUCUGGCGCGGGUGGGCGCCAACAUUCGUGGGCUAUUGUAUUCAGGGCGCGGGUAAGUAUGGAUUUUACGAAUACUUCAAGAAGCAGUACUCCGAUGCGGUCGGGACUGAGAACGCCACCAGGUAUAAGACCGCCGUGUUUCUCGGCGCUUCGUUUAGUGCAGAGUUCCUAGCGGAUUUGGGGUUAUGUCCAUUUGAGGCUGUAAAGGUAAGGGUGCAGACGCAGCCUGGGUUCGCGAGAGGGCUAUCGGACGGGCUGCCUAAGCUAAUUGCGUCAGAUGGAUUCGCCGGGCUGUACAAGGGUUUGGUGCCGCUGUGGGGGCGGCAGAUCCCUUACACCAUGAUGAAAUUUGCGACGUUCGAGAGCACAGUGGAGGCCCUGUACACACACUUAGUGCCGGUGCCUAAGUCGGAGUGUUCCAAGCAGACGCAGCUCGGGGUGAGCUUCACCGCGGGAUAUAUCGCUGGGAUCGCAUGCGCCAUCAUCUCCCACCCAGCAGACAAUCUAGUUUCCUUCCUCAACAACGCCAAGGGCGCCACGGUUUCGCAAGCCGUGCAAGAGAUGGGUGUCACAGCGCUGCUGACGCGAGGCUUGCCGCUUCGUAUAUUCAUGAUCGGCACCCUAACUGGCGCUCAAUGGGGCAUUUACGACUCCUUCAAAGUGUUUGUGGGUUUUCCCACCAGCGGCAGCAGCGGCGACAACGACACCGAGGCCCGCGUUGAACACUGACCAUAACGUCCUCGUAACAAUGCCGAAUUUCUCUCUUUUUAGAUACGAUAGGUAACUCAAUUCUUAGCUUCCUUCCUUUGAUUUUUUGCUUCACCGCAUGAGUGAUUCGCUACCAGUGGCAUUUCUUCUUUCACUUGCAAAUUUCACUUCAGUUUAGCAUAAGCAGCGACAAUCCUCUCGAACUCCUGGAGAGCUGUAAACAGUCUGUAGCAGAAUCUAGAUUAAACAACCGUGGUCAAGUUUACAGGACAAUUGGAAGAUUCAACACAUUUUAUCUGUAAGUACUAACUGCAAUAUCUUCAUCUUUUAUUCACUCAAUAUAUCAAAUCCUUCAAUACAUUCAUA